AUGGAAGUUACUACAGAAGAAAUACCAAAAGAAAGUUCAGGGAAUCCUUUACCGGUAAACAAUGUUGAAGAAAAAACACAGCCUCCACCUCAAGACCCACCAAAGAAAUCUAAAAAAGAUGACCGUUCCAAAAAAGAUGACAAAAAUGUUGAACAAUUUAUGAAGUCUUUAAAUUCAGUACCAACGUUAGAUGAGAAGUUAUCAUUAGUAUGUAAAAAAUAUGUACAAACAGCUGAUGACAAUAAAAAGCUUCAAUUUUAUAUUAAACAGUCUGACAAACGAUAUGCUUUAUUGUUAAAAGAGAAAGAACAAUUGCAACAUGAAUUCAAUAAAACUAUUUUGGUCAAGUCGAAGCUUGAAAAUCUCUGCCGGGAGUUGCAAAAACAGAAUAAGGCUAUUAAGGAAGAAUCUCUACUCAAAAUUCGUGAAGAAGAAGAAAGGCGUAAGGAAACUCAAGCUAAGUUCCAAAACACGCUUACAGAAAUAACGUCUCUUUUACAACAGAAUAACGAGAAGAAUGCAAAAUUAAGGGAUGACAAUAUUAGUAUGACAGAAAAGUUUAAAAGUGUAGUUCAGCAGUAUCAGUUACGAGAACAACAGGUAGACAAAAUGGCUAAGCAAAUGGCACUAGAAUCGCAACUGUCGGAUGCCAAACUUCAAAAGGCAUCUUUAGAGCACCAAGCUGAAAGAGAACGCAUAUUAGCGGAAAUGGAACAGCUAAAAGUGACUCUUGCACAGUACAGAGCAAAAAUAAUGGAACUUCAGGGUACGGAGACAGCUCUGAAGGGUCAGCUGGCAGUGUAUACUGACAAGUAUGACGAGUUCCAGAACGCUUUGGUGAAGAGUAACCAAGUGUUUGGUGGUUUUAAAGAGCAGAUGGAGAAAAUGUCAAAGAAGAUCCAAAAGCUUGAGAAGGAGUCGUUAUCAUGGAAGAAAAGAUGGGAAACAUCACAAACAGCUUUACUGGAUAUGUGCGGUGAGAGACAAGCGAGCGAAGAGAGGGCUGCCCUCGCAGCGAGGCAUCUAGCGCAGAUGCAGAGCCUGUGUCGCACUUUACAGGCAGAGCGCACGGUGCUGCUGGGCACUCUCAAAGAGAAUAACAUCGAGCGGCCGCCGCUGCCGUCCCCGCCGCCCGCGCCCGCGCCGCCGCCGGCGCACACGCCCGCCAGUAAUGCUAAGGUGGACGCCAUGGCAGCCAACUGUGCACAACUGAGGCAAAGCCUCGCGCAUUUACAGAGCCAAUUAAACGUGUUAACGAAUAAAAAGGAAGAAUCUCCAAAACCAGAGAAACAGAAAAAGUCUAAGUCUAAAAAGAAUAAGAGCGACAAACAAAAAGCUAAUCAAGAAGUUGAAAAAUUAGAAGAUGGUGCGAACACUAAAGAUAGUUCUGAAGAGAAUCAAGCAAGUGUAGAAGAAGUAAAGCCAAAUGGUGAAGACAGUCCCGAAGAGAAAGUAGAUAGUAAAGCUAUGGAAACCCUGAUUCAAGCAAUCAAUAUGGCAAAUAUCAAUUUGUGCGAUCUUGAAAUUGUUAAUGAAAAGCAAAAUGAGACAGUUGAAUUAGACCAAGCAGUAUUAGUUGAAGAAAUAAUUGAAUCUGACGAACCUAAAGUUGAACCGGAUAACAAAAUCGAAGAUGUAAAUGAUUCAGAAGUUAUAUUAGAUAAAACAGUAUUAAAAGAGGAUUCAAAAGAUGAAUCAGUGGAAGCGACCGAUUCUAAAGUAGAAUCUAAAUGUAAUUUAGCAACAAACAAAUCUGAUAAAAGAGUUGCAUGU